ACCCACUGGAUCGAAUUAGCAUGUACUGGCAACAUGGCUUUUCACUCUCGCUCUCAGCGUCUAUCAGCUUGCCUCCUGAUUUGCUUUAGUUUCAUGAUCAGAGCAGAUGGAUCUCGCAAGUUAUACAUUGCCUACCUGGGUGACAAGAAACAUGAUGACCCUAGUCUUGUCGCUGCUUCACACCACGAAAUGCUCAGCACCAUCCUUGGAAGCAAGGAAGAGGCAAUAGACUCCGUUGCUUACAGCUACAAGCAUGGCUUCUCAGGAUUUGCGGCAAUGUUAACUGAAGAUCAGGCUGAAAACCUUGCAGAGUUACCUGAAGUAAUCAGUGUUACUCCAAAUCAGAAGCAUGAAUUGUUGACCACGCGAAGCUGGGAUUUCCUGGGGCUGAAUUACCAACGACCUAGUGAACUUCUGCAGAGGAGCAAUUAUGGAGAAGACAUAAUUAUUGGGAUAAUUGACACAGGGAUCUGGCCUGAAUCAAGAAGUUUCAGCGAUCAUGGAUACGGAAUAAUACCACCACGAUGGAAGGGUGUGUGUCAACUAGGACAAGAGUGGGGGCGUACAAAUUGCAGCAGGAAAAUCAUCGGCGCAAGGUAUUAUGCUGCAGGUCUCAACAAAGCCAGCCACAAGCUGAAUUACAUGUCUGCUCGAGACAUGAAUGGGCAUGGAACGCACACAGCAUCCACAGCAGCUGGAUCAGUGGUAGAGGGAGUCAGCCUCCAUGGCCUGGGGGAAGGGGUAGCACGUGGUGGUGCACCCAGAGCGCGCCUUGCAGUGUAUAAAGUUGGGUGGGAGGAGGAGAAUGGGGUAUACCUUACAAAUGCUGCAGUGCUAGCAGCAAUGGACGACGCAAUACAUGAUGGAGUUGACAUCCUGUCUCUCUCAUUAGCCGUCGAUGAGGAUUCUUUUGGUGCACUCCAUGCCAUCCAGAAUGGGAUUACUGUUGUUUAUGCUGGGGGAAACAGUGGUCCAAGAUCACAAGUUCUCUUUAACACAGCUCCUUGGGUCAUUACAGUCGCAGCAAGCAAGAUUGAUCGAUCUUUUCCAACUACCAUUACCCUGGGAAACAAGAAGAAAUUAAUUGGCCAAUCACUAUAUUACAUGUUGAAGAACGAAUCCAACAGCAGAUUCCAGACACUUGUAAACGGUGGCAACUGUUCAAGGGAAGCGCUAAAUGGCACAAAUAUCAAGGGAAAAGUUGUUCUCUGCAUUGAAAUAACUUUUGGCCCAGUAGCAAAAAUUUUCAAAGAUGCCUUAGCAAAUGUCCAUAGUGGUGGCGCAUCUGGCCUUAUUUUGGCUCUAUAUACCACAGAUUUUCUUGUGAGCACUGAGGGAUGCCAAGGCAUGCCCUGUGUUUUAAUUGACAUUGAUAUUGGGUUUCAAGUUCUAACAUACAUUGGCAGUCAACGAUUACCAAUUGUAAAGAUUGAGCCAGCAAGCAGCGUUACAGGAAAACAAGUUCUGGCACCAAAGGUUGCAAUGUUCUCCUCAAGAGGCCCAUCCAUCAAAUACCCUACAAUUCUUAAGCCUGACAUAGCAGCCCCAGGAGUCAACAUUUUAGCAGCCACAAAAGAUGCGUACGUAUUUAACUCAGGAACAUCAAUGGCAACACCACAUGUAGCAGGUGUUGUGGCAUUGCUAAAGGUUCUACAUCCCCAAUGGUCUCAUGCUGCCCUAAAAUCUGCAAUUAUCACCUCUGCAUCAACCAAGGAUGAACAUGGCACGCCAAUUUUAGCAGAAGCACUACCUAGGAAGGUAGCUGACCCAUUUGACUAUGGAGGGGGGAACAUAAAUCCUAAUGGAGCUGCUGAUCCUGGCCUCAUUUACGACAUUGAUCCAAGGGAGUACAACAAGUUCUUUGAAUGCCAGAUCAAGAAAUACGAGAUUUGCAACAUCACAACGAAGCCAGCCUAUCACCUAAACCUGCCAUCUAUAUCUAUUCCUGAACUGAGGCACACAAUUAAGGUGGAGAGAACAGUGACAAAUGUUGGCAAGAUCGACGCGGUUUAUCGAUCAGACAUUCAGUCCCCCUUAGGAGUCAAGAUCAGAGUUGAACCAGCAACACUAGUCUUCAAUUCCACAAAGAAAGUGCACACCUUCAAGGCUAGCAUAAAACCACUGUGGAAGGUGCAAGGGGACUACACAUUUGGCAGCCUGACUUGGUACAACGAGCAGCAUACAGUGAGGAUCCCAAUAGCAGUCCGGAUCACAAUACAAGAUUUCUAUGCCGAUGUUGCAUGAUCUGAAGCAGAUGGCUGGAGAAUAAAGAUCGGUAGCCCAUACAUUACUUUUUAUGUGCAUCAAAAAUAAGACGAUUACUUGAAAUUGGUACUUAUAAAGCAUUGGCAUUUGGCAAUAAGAAGACUUUUGGGGUGUUACAAUUAUUAGGUUAA